AGCUUCUUAGUCAGUUUUGUGGUUGAUGCAAGAGGAAAAACUAUGUGUGGCAUGAGGCAUUCAGGAAUUCGAAUUAUAGUUUCUCCAGGCAAAACAUGUAAGCCUAUCAGAGUCACAUGUAAGCUAGUGAAUCCUGAUAAACUACAACAUCCUCCAGUCAUGCUUGAAGGAGAAGGACUUGCUUCUAGAGUUAUAAAAAUGGGACCACCGGGAGCUUCCUUUGAAGGACCUGUUGUUAUUGAAGUUCCUCAUUUUGCUUCAUUGAAACAUCACAGCCGGGAUAUCAUAAUAUUAAGGAGUGAUGAUGGAGAAAUUUGGAAAGAACAUAUAAAUUAUUUUUCUAUCGCAGAGAUACAGAAUAUUGUGAAAAACAGUUUUGGAGAAGAGCUUGGCAAUGCAGAAGAUUUGUAUAAUCAUGGCAUUGCAAGGAUUGUUACUACAACUUUUCCUAAAUAUUUUGCAAUUAUUUCAUCGUUUUCAUUCGAUCGAUUUAUAGUUUCUUCAUGUGAAUCCGAACUAAAAUCUUCUAUUGAUCCAAAUAUUAGAGUCUUCAUUCCUAAGAAAGCGUUCAAUAAAAAAAUUUAUUUGAAGCUACAAGUGCAAAAAAUUCCAGAUCAUUUAAAAACAAAACUUUUAAAUGGCAAUGUCGUUUCCUGUUCAGUUGUUACUCUUGAACCUCGCAGAAGAAGAUUUCAUGUGCCUGUUUCAUUAAUGAUUCCUAAACCACAGAUCAAUUUGGUCAACCCUCAAAAAUUGAUGCUUUUUUGCAGCUUAUCAGAGGGACAAGACAAGUCUGUAUGGGAAGACAUUACUAACAAAAGUUUUUUAAAAGAGGAUGAAGAAAGCAUAUAUUUUAAUACAUCAGUCUCAGGAAGGUAG